GCAGCCCAAACGACCGGCGCGGCGCGGAGGUGUUCCUCGUGAGAGACCCCGUCGUUACCGUCGCGUCGUGCAGUCUUGGCGUCGGCGGGCGCGGUGGGGCAGUGAGCGGCCGGUCAGGUCGGGCGUGCGGGCCGCCGGCCGGGCAGUAUGGUGAUGGACAUGCGCAGCUGCCGCUUCCCGGAGGGCACCUACCCGCCGCUCUCGGCCGGCUACGGCCCGCUGCGGGACGGCGCCGGCAGCCCCGGCUACGGCCAGCCGUACCCGGCCUUCCGCGCCGGCCCGGACAGCACGGCGGCACCGUUCAGCCCCGACCAGUCCGACUACCCGCACGCCUUCAGCGAGGAGGAGCACGGCGAGCACGACGGCCACGCCGAGCACGACGAGCACGUGCCGCACGUGCUGGCGCCGCACACGCACGGCCACGGCCAGCGGCGCUGCCUGCCCUGGGCGUGCAAGGCGUGCAAGCGCAAAUCGGUGACCAUAGACCGUAGGAAGGCGGCCACAAUGCGCGAGCGACGCCGGCUCAAAAAGGUGAACGAAGCAUUCGACAUGCUCAAGAAGCGAACGUGCGCCAACCCGAACCAGCGGUACCCGAAGGUGGAGAUCCUGAGGGCGGCCAUCGAGUACAUAGAGGCGCUGGAGGACAUGCUGAGGGGCGCCCGCGGCGGCUCCGGGGGCGCCGCCGGCUCGGGCGCCCCCGAGGAGGCACGCCCCGACGCGCCCAUCAACCCGGCCUCUGGCUAUAAUAUGAACGGCGGCACGUCCUACUACAAUACUCGACAGAGCAGCUAUAGCAGCCCAGACAGCUACACGCCAAUAACCAAUGGUGGCGGCGUGGAGCAGGCGACGGCAGCUGGAACUGCCACCUCCACCUCCAGCUUGGACUGUCUCUCCAUGAUCGUCCAGAGCAUAUCUCCUACCUCCACCACCGCCAUUCAACAGGCGACCGACAGCGCGCCCUAGUGGUGGCCGAUCGAACUGUGCACACUGCACCGUGCACGCGGGACAGUGCACGGCGUGACAGGAGCGUGCACGGAACAGUGCACAGGACCGUGCACGACGUGAACCUCACGACGAACACGGAGAACUCACAGUGUGAUCUAGUGGAAGGUGCUGCUGGAAAGACUAGGACAAUGGCGCUGGUCGCCGAAAGAUUGGGGGAAUGUUGUGUGGAGGCAGAGUUGACGAGGAUUUUGAGUGGGAGUGGGUUGAGAACACUUGAUACUCACGUUUUCAUAACGAGCUUGAGUGAAAAGUGCCUUUGUGCCUUGUUAAAUUGUACUGCUUUGUUGAUCUGUCCUCACCAAAGACUAAAGAGGCGCUAGAAAACCAGUUGUUUUCAAUUAUUUAUUAAAAUAUUCGUCCUAGACUAGUUCAGGUAUUCGGUAGCGAUGCAAUGAAGAACCUGCUUUAAAUACAUCUUGAAUAUGCUGGGUGAAUGUUGCUGCCAGAUAGCCAAACAAAGAAAACGCCAAAUAUGUAGAACAUGAGCGAAUGGGUCUUUUCUCGGUGCCCAGUCAGUAGCACCGGAUAAUCUUCGGUCAUAAGAUGGCAAGUUGGUUCAUGUUGAAGUGAAGUUCUACUCUUGCAAUACUGUGAAUAGAUCGUUUCAUUGUUCUGUGUGCGUUGACCCCUACCCGCUUUUCUCGCUCACAGAUGUGUGAGCGAUGCAAAAUGCGUGUUGUGCACAGAAUCGUUAUGUGUGUAAUAAAGUAUGAUUAGACAAUCGUGUUCUGUUUGCUGUAUCAUUGCGGAAUAAAGUGAAGAAAGUACA